AUGACAUAUCAUAAUUUCUACCUUGAUAAUCCACCUAAUUUUUCAGAAUUGGCAGAAAAAUAUCCAUCUUUAAAACCUUUUCUUGAUAAUCAAUCUCAUGUGAAUUUCAAAAAUCCAGCUGCAUUAAGAGAAGUAACAAAAUGUCUAUUGAAACAUGACUUUAAAAUUGAUAUUUUUUUACAUGAAAAACGCUUAUGUCCACCUGUACCCAACAGAUUUGCAUAUAUUUUAUGGAUCCAAGAAUUAAUUGAUUUUGUUAAUUGUGAUGAAAAGAAAAAAGUAGUUGCAUUUGAUAUAGGGACAGGUUCAGUAUGUAUAUAUCCUCUUUUAUGUUGUUCUCAAAGACCAAAUUGGUUUUUCUAUGCAACAGAUAUUGAUGAGCUUUCAUUAGAGCUUGCUCGUGAGAAUGUUAAAAGAAAUUGUCUAGAUAAUCAGAUAAAAAUAGUUGAUACAGCAAAAUAUUCAACCUUAAUACCAUUGGAUGAAUUAAAUAUAUCAAAGAUAGACUUUUGCAUGUGUAAUCCACCAUUUUAUGGUUCGGAAGAAGAAAUACUUACAUCUUCUCGACUAAAAUCAAAAGAACCAUUCAGUUCAUGUACUGGUUCAUUAAUAGAAAUGGUUACUCCUGGAGGAGAAGUUGCAUUCGUUAAAAGAAUGCUGAAAGAAAGUUGUGUUCUGAAAGAACGUGUAAAUUGGUAUACUACUAUGUUAGGAAAACUUUCAAAUGUUACGAAAAUUAUAGAGCAUCUCAAAGAAAUACAAAUAAAUAACUAUGUUAUAAAUGAACUACCAGUUGGGGGCAAUACACGUCGCUGGGUUAUAGGAUGGUCAUUUACGGAUAUGAGAGCACCUAAUCAUUAUGUUCGACCAUUAACAAAAUCACUAAGACAUUUAGGUUCGUCAUUAACAAUGGUAAUUAUUAAAUUAGAUACUACAAUUGAGAAUUUAAGACAAAAAAUUUCAUCUAUUAUAAAAAAAUUUAAUAUUAAUUUUACAUGGAACAAUGAAUAUAUUGGAAAUGGAGAGACUCCUGGAAAUCUAUGGUCAAGAUCUUCUAGAAGACAAAUUUCUAAAAAAAACUCUGAAAAUUCACUAGACGUAAAUUUCAAAUUCCGUUUAGAAAUAGUACCACAAACUAAUGCAGAACAUGCAAUUCUUCUAAAAGUUUUGUGGAUUAAAGGAAUUGAUAAAAUAAUAUUCGAAAGUUUUUACAGCAUGCUUAGACGAGAAUUAAGGUCAUUAAACAAAUAA